UUUGUAUGAAAGCAAUAAAAAACCAGGAACCAAAUGAAUUUCCCUUAAAAUUUUGAUUUUAUGCAGCCUUUUGCAUUCCACUCCUUCAAUUUCCAGGUAUUUCCGUUGUAAUGACCCUCUCCUCUAUCUAAGCUCUUAACUCCUCAGUACCCCCACAUCCACGUCGUAGACUGUAUUUUCUGAGUCUUUUGUCCCUCUCACCUUCUCUGCUUUUCUAUUUCCUUUCCUCCAAGAAAAGAAAGUUUUUUUUUUUUUUUCACUUUUGAAAUCAAGAUCAUAUUUCUUUCUGUGUCUCAGCUGCUCUGAUCGAUCAAUCAUUAUUUCUUUGCGCAUCAUUCGAGGAUAUGUUGGUUAAUAUUGACAAAUUUGGGAUUUUGGGUCCCAAAAUUUGAUGGCUUUUGUACAUUGUGCUGUUCGUUUCGUCAUAUUUGUUAAUCGUCUACUCGAUCUCGUCAGACCCAUCAAGGUGUCAGUUCUAUUUCCGUAAUUUGAUCUACUCUGGUGCCUUUCUGAAGAUUUUGGCACUUUACUCUUUGCAUGUUCUGUUGGAUUUUGAGCUUGUUUUAUCUCCUUUAGAUCAUUUAGUGCAGUAGAUACGUGGGGUUAUAAAAUUUUCUGAAGUUUACAUUCAAACCUCAAAAGGGUUUUAUUUUGAAGAUUUGGGCACGGUUAAUUUUGUUCGCUUGCUGGGUUCUGAGCUCGUUCGAGGUGUUUUUUUAUUAAGUUAUGAGAGAUUGCUGGGUUUUGUAGGGUAUUUUAAUUUAUCUGGUUUUUUCUGGGCGUUAUAAAAUGAAGAGGUUAAAAAGUGAACCUCCUAGUGGGAGGAGGUGUAAAUUGUCACAUUUCUUGCUGGGUAUAGGAGCAUUAUACUUGGUUUUUUUAGCAUUUAAAUUUCCACACUUUUUAGAGAUUGCAGCAAUGUUGAGUGGAGAUGACAGUUAUGUUGGAUUGGAUGCGGCUGCAGCAGAAGAUAUGGAUGAUUCGGAUUUAAGCAAACCAAUUUUCAGUUCUGUUUAUAAGGAUACAUUCCACCGGAAGUUGGAAGAUAACCAAAACCAAAAUGCACCAAGGAUGCCUAGUAAGGAACCUUUGGAAGAAGUAAAAGAAGUGUCUAAGCCUAUAAAACCUCUUCGGCAUCGAUAUGGUCGGAUAACAGGUGAAAUUAUGAGACGAAGGAAUAGAACCAGUGAUUUAUCAAUGCUUGAGAGACUAGCAGAUGAGGCCUGGACUUUGGGUUUGAGGGCAUGGAAAGAAGUAGAGAAUUAUGAUGGAAAGGAGCUUGCACAAAAUUCUGUAUUUGAGGGGAAGUCUGAGUCAUGCCCCUCAUGGGCAUCCAUGAGCGGGGAGGAAUUGGCUGGGGGGGAUAAGAUGAUGUUCCUUCCAUGUGGUUUAGCUGCAGGUUCUUCUAUAACAGUGGUGGGAACACCUCAUUAUGCACAUGAGGAGUAUGUGCCUCAGCUAGCUAGGUUGAGGCGUGGUGAUGGAAUUGUUAAAGUUUCACAGUUUAUGAUUGAGUUGCAAGGGCUAAAGGUAGUUGAUGGGGAGGAUCCACCAAAGAUUCUACAUUUGAAUCCUCGGUUAAGAGGAGAUUGGAGUAAGCGACCGAUUAUUGAGCAUAACACCUGCUAUAGGAUGCAAUGGGGGACAGCUCAGAGGUGUGAUGGUUUGCCAUCCAAAAAUGAUGAAGACAUGCUGGUUGAUGGAUUUAUGAGAUGUGAGAAAUGGAUGCGGAAUGACAUUGUCGAUUCAAAAGAGUCCAAGACAACUUCAUGGUUCAAGAGAUUCAUAGGGCGCGAACAGAAGCCAGAAGUGACCUGGCCGUUUCCUUUUGUGGAGGGAAGAUUGUUUAUCUUGACAUUGCGUGCAGGUGUUGAUGGCUAUCAUAUUAAUGUUGGGGGUCGGCAUGUCACCUCAUUUCCAUAUCGUCCGGGAUUUACCAUUGAAGACGCAACAGGAUUAGCAAUCAAAGGAGAUGUGGACAUUCAUUCAGUUUAUGCCACCUCUCUUCCUAGUACUCAUCCAAGUUUCUCUCCUCAAAGGGUGUUGGAAAUGUCGGAGAAGUGGAAAGCUCUUCCUUUACCAAAGAGUCCUAUUCAACUUUUCAUUGGGAUUCUUUCUACUACAAAUCACUUCGCAGAACGUAUGGCAGUGAGAAAAACUUGGAUGCAAUCAUCACCAAUCAAGUCUUCAAAUGUAGUAGUUCGUUUCUUUGUUGCUUUGAGCCCCAGGAAGGAAGUGAAUGCAGUGUUGAAGAAAGAGGCUUCUUACUUUGGUGAUAUUGUGAUAUUGCCAUUUAUGGAUCGCUAUGAACUUGUGGUUCUUAAAACUGUUGCUAUUUGUGAGUUCGGUGUUCAGAAUGUUUCUACUGCAUAUAUCAUGAAAUGUGAUGACGACACAUUUGUUAGGGUGGACACUGUCUUGAAAGAAAUUAAUGCCAUCUCUACCAAAAAGUCUCUUUAUAUGGGCAAUCUCAACCUGUUACAUCGACCUCUGAGAACUGGAAAAUGGGCAGUCACUUUUGAGGAGUGGCCACAUGUAGUAUAUCCUCCUUAUGCCAAUGGGCCUGGAUAUGUAAUUUCCAGUGAUAUUGCUAAAUUUGUCGUUGCUCAACAUGGCAACCGAAGCCUCCGGCUUUUCAAGAUGGAAGAUGUCAGUAUGGGAAUGUGGGUUGAACAAUUCAACAGCUCGAAGCCUGUCCAGUACUCCCACAACUGGAAAUUUUGUCAGUACGGAUGCAUGGAGAACUAUUACACAGCACAUUAUCAAUCCCCUAGACAGAUGAUCUGUCUGUGGGACAAGUUGGCUAGAGGUGGGGCUCAUUGCUGCAACUUCAGAUGAUGACUGCCUCACCACAAAGUCCCCACCAGGCCUUAAGAAGAUAACAGCAACUCAUGCUGCAUUAGCUGAUGAGAACGUUAUGUUCUUGUUCUUGUUUCCCCACCUAUUGCUGAUUCUUGUCCAUUUUUUUAAAGUGGGUUGUAGAGAUGGCUGGGUAUUGAGUUACACUCAUCAUUUUGGAAGAACGCGGACGGUGUCAUGUUGUAAUCAGGAAUGAUUGUUAAUUAGAUCAAACCCAUUUUGGCUUCAACUAAAAGCUGCAGAAAAAGAGAGAGAAAAAUUUGUACAAGUGUAGUUGUAUAUCUUGUAUUUCAUACUUUUGAUAUCAAAUUUAGUUGGCAAGUGGAAGAAGCCUUGAAAUCAA